CGCCCACCAAAAUGUCCUAAAAGUUACUACAAGCUUUCAAUAAUCAUUAAUCAAUUAUUGUUAAAAAAAAAAGUGAUCUCAAUCUCAACCAGAAAGUGAUAAAAACAGAACCAAAAGAUCCACCGAACCUUGUGUUUUUUCUAUUCCUCACCCAGGAUCCAACCUUGUCCAAAAACACCAACAAAUUCAUCUCUUUCCUCGUAUAAUCCGAAUCUCCCUUUCUCAUCAUAAUAAUAUAAGAUCUCUCCGUGUGUCAAAAAAUAAAAAAUAUAAGAUCUCUCUCGAUCUCUCCCAUUUCCUUUCAAUUUAGUAAUCAAAAUCUCUCAUUGAUUUUAUCUUACAAAGUACCUUUCAAUUUUAUUUUCUAUCUUCUAUAAUGGAAGCUGCGUUGGAUCAAGCUACUAGUACAUGUUCUCACUGUGAUCGAGCUAUCCCUAUUGCAAAUGUUGACUUGCAUAAUGCUCAUUGCUCAAGGAACCUUCAAAAAUGCAAAGUUUGUGGUGAUAUGGUUCCUAAAAAAAAUGCUGAGGAUCAUUAUUUAACCACUCAUGCGCCGGUUUCCUGUUCAUUGUGCAGUGAGACAAUAGAUCGUGAUAUCAUAGAUAUCCAUAAAGGUGAAAAUUGCCCUAAAAGGAUUGUCACUUGUGACUUCUGUGAAUUCCCAUUGCCAGCUGUUGACCUAGCUGAGCAUCAGGAAGUAUGCGGGAAUCGAACAGAACUGUGUCACCUUUGUAACAAAUAUGUUAGACUUCGUGAAAGAUACACUCAUGAAGCUAGGUGCAAUGGGAUUCAAGAUAGCGCUGUUGGCUCUUCAAGGAAUGUGAGGGAGGCUGAAAGAGACGAAGGUGUUCAACGAAGGCGGCCGCAGAACGAGUUCUCAACUAAACGUCUUCUUUUCUCGAUAGCCAUCACUGGUAUUGCUGUUAUACUUGGAUCUAUUUUCCUACAAAGGAAAGCAGAUCCCAGUGAGAUGCAUUAGCAACAGAGAGGAAACAUAUUAGGUUCUUCUGCAAAUCUACUUUAAUCUGUAUAAUCCAUUUGCUGCUUUCAGAAGUCUUAUGAGAUGUAACUUUUUCUAGUGUAUUUUGUAACACGCCAGCAUUGUCAUCAUUUAUAUAUUUAUAUAUGAAUAAAUAACAAAUAACCAUA